AUGGCGGCGCCGGAUGCCCCGGAUGAGAGCACGUCGCGCAUGGGCCCGUACGAUGUCCUCGAGCAGAUCGGCAAGGGCGCGUUCGGAGCCGCGUGGAUCAUCCAGACCCGCGGGAACGACUCGAACCCCCCGCGGAGGUUCGUGCUGAAGAAGAUCCCGUUGGCGCGGCUGAGCGAGCGGCAGAGGCACCUCAGCCUCCAGGAACGCCAGCUCGUCGCCGCGCUCCGCCACCCCUACAUCGUCCCCUACCACCGCAGCUGGAUCGAGCGCUCGCACACCGUGUGCAUCGUCAUGCGCCACUGCGACGGCGGCGACCUCGCGAGCGCCGCGUGGCGCGCCAGGCGCCGACGAGAGCGAUUCCCGGAGCAGACCCUUCGUCGAUGGCUCGCGCAGCUCCUCUCCGCGUUGGCGUACCUCCACUCCGAGCGCGUCAUCCACCGCGACGUCAAGUGCGGCAACGUCUUCCUCGCGUCCCCGCCCGGAUUCGAACCCGGGACGUCCCACGCCCCCACCAACUCGACCAACUCGUGGGGGGACGUGAUGCUCGGCGACUUUGGCCUCGCUCGAGUCGUCGACGCCAACGCGGCGGACGAUGUCCAGGCGACGUCCACCGUCGGAACCCCGCACUUCAUGUCGCCGGAGAUGCUGAGGGGCGCCAAGUACGGCUUCGCCGCCGACGUGUGGUCCCUCGGAUGCGUGAUGUACGAGCUCACGACCCUGCGGCAGCCGUUCACCGCGUUCAACAUGGAGGGACUCCGGCGAAAGAUCCUAACGUCGCCACCCGCGGCGUUUAUCCAACCCGGGAAGGAGGGCGAGGAGGACGCGUCGCUGUACGGGGACGGCUGGAGGGCGACGAUCCGGUCGAUGCUUCGCAAGGCGCCCGAGGAGCGACCCAGCGCGAGCGAGCUGCUGCGGACGUCGGACAUGGCGGACGCGGCGGCGGAUGCGGAUGCGCGCGCGAGGGAGAUCGAGGCGGCGGCGGCGGCGGAGAGGAGGGAGGAGGGGAGGGGGGAGGAGGGGGGAGAGGACGGGCGAGGCGACGGCGCAGGCGACGCGGCGUUCCUGGCGGCGCCGGACCGCGAGCCGAUGCCCGCGCCGGGCGGUGACUGGUCGCCCUCCGCGGAUGAGCGCUCCCAACCCCCCGGGCGCUCGUCCGUUCGCAGGGGUUGGGCGGAUCUGGAUCCGAGCUACAUGCGAUUUAACCCGCAGAGAAAACCGAGGCCGCCGCCCCGGCCGCAGUCGGCUCGCCCCGCGAGGGCGUCGACGGGCGCGCCUCGGAACCCGGACACGGAGACGGGUCAAAAACAGCGAGCGGCGGCGACGCCGGCGACUCAAAAAACGGCUCAAAAAACGGCGGGGCGGCGGCCCGGGUGGAACGCCUCGCCGCGCGUGAGGCCCGCGAGCGGCGGCCCCCUCGGGCGCCCGGCGAGCGCCCCGAGGACGCCCUCGUCGGGCGACCGCGCGGCGGCGAGGAGAGCGUCGGGCGUCGUGGUGACUGGUCGGGCGGUGACUGGUCGGGCGGUGACUGGUCGAGCCGCGUCCGGCGGCGGCGCGGAUGGAAGCGACGGUUUCGACCCGUACGCGCCGGUAGCCGCCGAACCCGCCUCCGCGCUCGCGCCGAAGCAUCCGGCGGAUGAGAACGAGGCUCCGAACAACACGGACGAGACUCCGAGCAAGAGCAGGGACGAAGCUCCGAGCUGGACCAGGGACGAAGCUCCGAGCAGGGAUGACGUCGUGGCCAGGGCCCGGCGGCUUCUCGCCGAGACCUCACCGAAGCUCGCCGCGCCGUCGCCGAUCGCCCGACACGACGGCACGGACGACGACGCGGACGACUCGCGGGUGCUGAGGGCGGUCGCGGCGUUACACGCGAGGGGACGGCACGCCGAGCUCGCCCGCGUGCUGUCAAACUUUUACCCUCCGGCGGAGGCGAUCCCCCCGACGCCCUCGGCGCCCGACUUGGAGCCGGGUCAGUGCGUGAUGGUGGGCGCGUCGAGCCCCACGCGCGGGACGAUUCGAUACGUCGGCGCCGUGGCGUUCGCCGAGGGGGAGUGGGUCGGCGUGGAGAUGGACGACGAGGGGGUCGGCGCGGUGACUGGUCGGGCGGUGACUGGUCGGGACGGCCGCGUGGGCGCGAUCCAGUACUUCGCGUGCCGGCCGGGACGCGGGGUGUUUGUCCCGGCGGCGACGCUGACCCGCGCGUGA